CCUUUGAGCUAACGCUCGUCUAGCAAUUUUUUUUUGUCGAUGGCAUGGUGCUAGUAGCUGCCGCAAAAUAACGCAGUCGAGAAAAUACAAAUAGUUUAAACUUAAUUCGAAUGUCUAAAUGGAAUUAGUCGAUUAAUGCGGUUUGCGAAGUACAUGUCAGCCAUCACACCUUUAACAUUUCAAAACCUUUCCUCAAAUUUUGAGGUAGCCAAUUCUUCCCCAAGGUUAGCUAGCUAGCGGGCUAACGAUAGCCGAUUAACACUAAACUAGUUCAGCUAACUAUAAUUCGGCAACCAGUUAACAGCCAGUACCUCUUGAAUCCUAGGAGUUAUUAGAAGCCGACCGGAAUAGGGGCAGAACAUGGCAGAAGCCGACAAGUUGAACAUCGACUCCAUUAUACAACGUCUUCUCGAAGUGAAAGGCUCUAGACCUGGCAAAAAUGUUCAGCUGACAGAGAAUGAAAUCCGUGGUCUGUGCCUCAAAUCCCGGGAGAUCUUCCUCAGCCAGCCAAUCCUGCUUGAACUCGAGGCGCCCCUCAAGAUUUGUGGUGAUGUUCACGGGCAGUACUAUGAUCUGCUGAGGCUGUUUGAGUAUGGAGGCUUUCCGCCAGAAAGCAACUACCUGUUCCUGGGAGACUAUGUGGACAGAGGAAAGCAGUCCCUGGAGACCAUCUGUCUGUUGCUGGCUUACAAGAUCAAAUACCCAGAAAACUUUUUUCUGCUGAGAGGAAACCAUGAGUGCGCCUCUAUUAACAGAAUAUAUGGCUUCUACGAUGAGUGUAAAAGGCGAUACAACAUAAAGCUGUGGAAGACCUUCACUGACUGCUUUAACUGUUUGCCUGUUGCAGCCAUUGUUGAUGAGAAGAUCUUCUGUUGCCAUGGAGGCCUAUCACCAGACCUCCAGUCUAUGGAGCAGGUGAGAAGGGUCAUGCGUCCCACUGAUGUUCCUGACCAGGGCCUCCUCUGCGACCUGCUCUGGGCAGACCCAGAUAAAGAUGUGCUGGGCUGGGGUGAGAACGACCGCGGUGUCUCCUUCACUUUUGGUGCAGAUGUGGUCACAAAGUUCCUCCACAAACAUGACAUGGACCUAAUUUGUCGAGCCCAUCAGGUGGUUGAAGAUGGAUACGAAUUCUUUGCAAAGAGGCAGCUGGUGACUCUGUUCUCAGCCCCAAACUACUGUGGGGAGUUUGACAAUGCUGGAGCUAUGAUGAGCGUAGAUGAGACCCUCAUGUGCUCAUUCCAGAUCCUCAAACCUGCCGACAAGAAGCUGUUUUAUGGUGGUGGAGGGGGUGUGGGUUCUGGUCGCCCAGUCACUCCUCCCAGGAAAGCUAAGAAAUGACACCAGUAGUUUGCCCUUGACCCUUGUCCUGCCCUCUCUACCUCUCUUCUCCUUUCUUUCACCAAACAGCCAGAAAUCAAACCUAUACCCAGGGCUUUUAUUUCCUUUUUUAUCUGUACUUCUUAAAACUUUUAAUGUUACAGACUGUCUGAGUGAGUGUGCGCGUGUGCAGGCUACAAAUGUCUGUGGGUGAGCAUUAAAAUCAUGUGUGCACGUGUAUAUUCUGUGUGAGAAUAUUAGAGAUUUAUAUGCCCCCUCCCUAAACCCUCUUUCUCUGACCACUCUUCCCACUGAAAGGCUGAAACCACGUUGUCUGUACAGUAAUUUGACUGAAAUGACAGGGGUUGGGAGACGGUGGGAGAUUUCUGAUGUAAUGAAUUUGGCAGAAAACUCCUGCUAACAGAUGGUGUGUAUGAGUACUUGUGGAGGGGGGGAUUUUUUUUUUUUUUUUUUUUAAUUUUUUUUUUUUUUUUCCCUGUCCUCUGUACUGUAAAAUCGAAAACACAGGUGUGUGCAUGUGUGUGCAUGCUGUGUCUUGCCUGUUGGAGUAUGAUCACAGUAUGCUUGAACAGGGUGGAGUUUGUCACCUUAUAAGAGCAAGCACACUUUUACACACAUACCCACACACGUGCAUAUGACUCUUCAGAUUCAUAUGAGCCAGAGCUGUAAAAAAACAAAACAAAAAAAAACAUACAGUUUAGGUUUGUACAGAUUUGAUUACUUGAAAGAUUUUUUUGUGAAUUCGUUUUGUAGUCUUUCAUCAAGUUGACCAAUAAAGCGAGAAUCUGAGCUGUACUGCCUCGGUCAUUUUUAUUGUAAUCCAGUAUCUGUUACAGUGUACCUCUGGAAGCUCCCUUUGCAUCUGAAUGGAGAGAAAACUAUGACUUUUAAUGUCAAACAUGAUAAAUGCAUGUAUAAAACCACUUUUUCCAAA